GGUGAAUUGUUAAAUCCUUGCCGCUGCGAUGGGUCAGUACGAUACACACAUCAGCUUUGCCUCUUAAAGUGGAUAAGUGAAAGAGGGUCAUGGACCUGUGAACUCUGCUGUUACAGAUACCAUGUUAUAGCAAUUAAAAUGAAGAAGCCUUGCCAGUGGCAAAGCAUUACUAUAACACUGGUUGAGAAAGUGCAGAUGGUUGCUGUAAUCCUAGGAUCUCUGUUCUUAGUAGCAAGUGUGACUUGGCUUCUAUGGUCAGCCUUCAGCCCUUAUGCAGUAUGGCAAAGAAAGGACAUCCUUUUUCAAAUCUGCUAUGGAAUGUAUGGUUUUAUGGAUCUAGUAUGCAUAGGACUGAUAGUACAUGAAGGUGCAUCUGUUUAUCGAGUGUUUAAGCGCUGGAGGGCUGUGAAUCUACACUGGGAUGUGUUAAAUUACGAUAAAGCCACAGACAUAGAAGAGAGUCAGCGAAGGACAUUGUGGUUACCACUGACUGCGUUUAGAAACAGAAGUUUAGUUCAUCCAACACAGUUAACCUCACCAAGAUUUCAGUGUGGCUAUGUAUUGUUACAUCUGUUCAACCGCAUGAGACCUCAGGAAGAUUCAUCAGAAGAUAACGGCUCUGGGGAAGUAGUGAUGAGAGUGACCUCAGUGUAA